GCGCGCGGCGCCCCCUGGCGGCCCCGCGGCCGGCCCGUCCCUCCCCGUCCCGGCGGCCAUGAAGUCCGUGUUCGUCACGGUGGGCACCACCAGCUUCGACGAGCUGAUCGCCGCCGCCGGCUCCCCGCCCGCGCUGCAGGCGCUGCAGAGCCGCGGGUACCAGAAGCUGGUGCUGCAGGUGGGCCGGGGCUCGCUGCCCCAGGCGCAGCCCUGCAGCAGCUCGGCCGUGGCGGUGGAAGUGUUCCGCUUCAAGGACUCGCUGGCUGAGGAGCUGCAGAGGGCAGAUCUGGUCAUCAGCCAUGCAGGUGCUGGUAGCUGCCUGGAGACUCUAGAGAAAGGAAAACCACUAAUAGUAGUAAUAAAUGACAAGCUGAUGGACAACCAUCAGCUUGAGCUGGCCAAACAGCUCCACAGAGAUGGCUGUGUCCUCUACUGUAACUGCAGCACUCUUGUGGAGACACUGCAGUCAAUGGACUUGUCAGCUUUGAAACCUUUUCCUCCUGGACAGCCAGAAAAGUUUGCUUCAUUCUUGGAUAAAGUUCUUGGGUUGCAAUAAACAAAAUGGAGAAAUAAAGAAGUUGGAAUAAAA